AUGUCAGCCUGCUGCCUCCGCCCACAGACACACACAUGACCCGGGUCACAUGACGGAGAUCCUUGAUACUACCUCCUGGUUCACACCAACAGACUGGCUACACGGAGCGAGGCUAGCUGUUAGCUUCAACUGUCUAGACGGCCGAGAUGAGUUUCCUAGGAGGUUUGUUUGGGCCGGUAUGUGAGAUAGACGUGCUGCUGAACGAUGCAGAGAACAGAAAGACAGCUGAGCUGAAGACAGAAGAGGGGAAGGUGGAGAAGCACUACCUGUUCUACGACGGAGAGUCUGUGUCUGGCAAGGUGAAUCUAAAUGUGAAGCAGGGAGGAAAGCGACUGGAGCAUCAGGGCAUCCGCAUCGAGUUUGUUGGACAGAUAGAACUGUUCUCUGAUAAGAGCAACACCCAUGAGUUUGUGGACCUGGUGAAAGAGUUGGCUCUGCCAGGAGAACUCACCCAGAACAGGAGCUACGACUUUGAGUUCAUGCAGGUGGAGAAGCCCUAUGAGUCCUAUACUGGAGCCAAUGUCAGGCUAAGGUAUUUCCUCAGGGUGACAAUAGUUCGUCGGCUUUCUGACUUAGUGAAGGAAUACGAGCUGAUUGUCCACCAGUUAGCCACCUACCCAGAUGUCAACAACUCAAUCAAGAUGGAGGUUGGCAUAGAAGACUGUCUGCACAUCGAGUUUGAAUACAAUAAAUCCAAAUACCACCUCAAGGACGUGAUUGUUGGGAAGAUCUACUUCCUGCUGGUCAGGAUCAAGAUCCAACACAUGGAGCUACAGCUCAUCAAGAAGGAGAUAACAGGCAUAGGUCCCAGUACCACCACGGAGACAGAGACGGUUGCAAAGUAUGAGAUCAUGGAUGGAGCCCCAGUUAAAGGAGAAUCAAUCCCCAUCAGACUCUUUCUGGCAGGAUAUGACUUGACAGCCACCAUGAGGGAUGUCAACAAGAAGUUCUCUGUACGCUACUUCCUUAAUCUGGUGCUGGUGGACGAAGAGGACAGAAGAUACUUUAAACAACAGGAGAUUGUUUUGUGGAGAAAAGCGCCAGAGAAGCUGAGGAAAAGAAACUUCCACCAGCGCUACGAGUCGCCCGAGCCCCGAACCCAGCCAGUUAGCGCAGAGCAGCCAGAGAUGUGAGGACGCCGCUAUGAACUGAAAAAUACACACAGACACACCCCAACUCUUCACUGCUGAACAGCCAGAGUUGUGAGGGCUGCCCCACUAUCUGCCUGGACUGAGAAAUGUCUGUAUAAAUGAAUACACAUAACAUACCCUCUGACAUCCUCCCCCCUCCGCACCAUUUCACAGCCUCCCAUGUGAGCUGUCCAACCACAAUCCCCCCCCCCCCCCCCCGGACUGAAACAUACUACCAUACAGACGCACGACUGUACAACCCAAGUAGGCUGAAUGCUAAAUGUUGCGGCAAGUCAAAUGCAGUUCAAAGCCACCCAAGUAAGGAGCAGUGAGGCAGUCUGUUUGAUAUCGGCGUCUCAGACUGAAAACACACACACAAGUGAAGCCAUACAGCCUGAAUGCAUAACAAAACAGGAGCAAUGACGGAGGAAAAAAACGACAGCUGCAGACGACCACCACCACACUUAUCCAUUUCCUCUGCAGCAGGAGCUUCUUUUCUUUGCGUCUUUGGACAGCGCUCACCGUGGACUUUCUCUGGCAUCCUCCCUCCCACAACCCCUUCAGAAUGACGCUAUCUGGAGUCUCGCCAGUGACUGAAAGUAUUCAAGACAUGUGGGGAUCAGCCUGAACGAAGGACGCAAGAGGCUAAGCUAUGAGUCAACGCACACGCGCUCUGUCUGAUCAAAACACUUGAGUUAGAGCUGUCAUGAUGUCACUGUGCUCUUGUUCAUCCAUCUCAAAAGUAUGAUACAAAAAGUCCACAAACUGCUCUUCAUAUGCAAAGUCUGCUUAAUUAAUAAAUUAAGAGUUUAGUGCAACAAAUGUCCAUCUUAACAAAAAUCUAGUCUUAUAAUUUAUCCUCUUAUAUAGCUGUUCUGUUGACAUGAAAACUGUUACAUGACUAGCUUGAGCACAUCUCAUUUCAUGUAAGAAUAUUUUUGAUUCGAGAUGGACAUUAUCAUUUCAAUAUCAUGUAUUUCAUACAACUGUCGAACUAAAGAUCUUUUAGAGCUGCAACUAGUCGUUAUUUUCAUUAGUAUUUCAUCUGCAGAUUCUCAAUUAAUUGAUUCAUCAUUUAGAUAUGAGAUUACAAUUAAUUCAUCACAAUUUUCUAUCUACAAAGUUGUUUUUUUUUGCCAGACCAGCAGUCUUAAUUCCCUGAAUAUUAAAUGUACAUUUGCAUAGUGAAAGUAAAUGGUCACACUGGAGCGGCUAGAUUCUUUUUGGAAAUGACUGAAAUAAGAAACCCACUUUCUAAAUAGUUGACAAUUAGUUUUGUAGUCAGUUGACUAAUCGAUAAACGGCUGAUGGUUGCAGCUCUAAAGGCAUCACACGAUGAAAUCUUCUGCUUGUUAAAGACUCAGAGGUUUCAGCCUCUCGUUAGGAUGAAUAUUUGAUAAUGUUUUCACUGGUGAGGUCUGUGUGAGUGCUACAGCAUCGCUUCCACAUUUAUCUUAAGGCUUCCCUCUGUUUAUGUUUCUCUGGCAUGCGAGAUUUAGUUUAAUCUGUAAAGUGCCAUUUAUUUAUGACUCAUCUUUGAGAAAAAAGAAAAGAUUUUUGUUGUUCGUCUUUUCAGAUAUUUAAGAGUCGGUUCGCCCACAAAAGAAUCUACUCCAAGCCAGACAUGUGGAUAAUCAAGAUUAACAGAGAAUUACAUUUCGCUGCUUUGAGCACCACAAAUGGAAUUCCAUUGACCUCCAUUUUAUCUGGGUGGAGGAAGAAAUGUCCAAGAGGGACAUCUCAAAACUAGGACGCAUUAAAUCAAUAAUUCGCUUUCCUUUUGUCAGGUGCAGUGUUUUUUGAGCCUGUCCGUUCGACAUCAGUAAAAUGCGUAUGUUAAUAUAUGGCUCAUGUAUGCUAUUGUAAGCACUGGAAAGGAUGCAGUAUCAAUACACUGUAAAAGUCCAACAAUGUUCCACUGUGAUGCUCAGACCUGCAGUUAAGGUCCUGCUUUAAAGAACCAGACAUACAGUUUGGCGAUGUUACAGCUCUUGUGUGUAAGCUGAAAAUUGUCCUUAAGCUCUGAUCUGUGGCCAGUUUUGCACUUCCCCUCCAAUACUUAACUUUGCUUUAAAAAAAAAAAAAAAAGAAAAGCGAGGGGGGGCGGGGCAUGGAAGCUGAAGCUAAACAUCACUCAAGGACGACUUCACCUCAGAGAUCUCCUGCGUCUCUAAUGCAAAUGAUACUGUUGUUUAUAUAUCACUACUUGUUUUAAUUGGACUUAAGUACAAUACAAUAUUUUACUGCUUUAUGUCUCUUUCGUGUGCAAGUCACGCUGUUACACAUUUCAUUUCAUGAACCUCUGAACAGACAUCUAUGGUUCUACAUGUUUGUUCCUCAACACUAGUUUUGGCUUUGCAAAUCAGCACUUCUUUUGUUUGGAAACUGUAAUUUAUUUGCAAGUGACAGUUUCUUUCUUUCUAAACACUGUACAGGUAAGGUGUGUUUGGCAUACUUAAAAUACCUUCAGAGGUAAUGAAGAGACACGUAAUGCCAAAACUCUCUGCCCCUGUCUUAUCUACUGCAUGUUAAUCUUUACACUAUGUCUUAUCAUGCCAUCAAAGUGUGUGUGCGUGUGUGUGUGUAUGAUAUGUGUAUAUACACCAAACCCAAAUAUAUAGCAAAAAUGAAUCGUGAAUAAAGCAAAUUUAUACUGAA